GUUCGAUAAACAUCCAUUGUUACCAUGCACCACCAUUGAUUUUGUAUACUAUCAGACUGAAACACUGUAGAAGUCUGCCGCGUGAUUGCAAUGGCAGACUCUUCUACAGAUCGGAAAGUAAGCAAGCCAAAGUUGCGACAGUCAAUCGCGCAUGUGCCGAGCAGGGCCACAGCAUUGAAGGACAAUGUAACAACCGACAUUGCUGCUCUUCAUGCUCAACAUAAUGCGACUCAAGUAUCUAAAAAGCGGUCGCGUGGGAAGAGUCUCGGCCCUGGAGGACUUGAGGCAUUGACCGAGUCAAAUGGCAACACAACAAAGACUGAGGAAGCUUUCCAGAUCAAAUCAAUCUUGAAACCUUCGGUGCCCCUCACGCCACCCAAAUCGAUACCUACCUUUGACGAACUGCGAAAAAGAAGCACAGGAAAGGGCAGAUCAUCAGCCAAACAUGGCGCCGAAGAACUCCUCAUUGACUUUUCAACACCGGGGCCCAACAGACAAGAGGGUGCAGAAAUUUCAAUGACGGGUGCCGAAAACGUCGCAGAUCCAUUCAGCCCUAUUGCGAGACGGACACCCAAAAGAUCUGUAGCAUCAAAUGCGGACACUCUGGAGCGGGCGCAAGAGGAUGAGCUGAAGCGCCAAGCGGAAAAACAAGCAAUCCUGGAACGACGAGCAGCGAGACGGAAAUCUCUCGCGAAUAGACGGGUAUCAUUUGCACCAGAAGCGACUUUGCAUACGUGGAGUGUCAUGGAGCUUGCGGAAGACUCUACCACCAGCUCGGCCUCAAAUUCCACUCGAAGACAAUCGUCAAUGACAGCGCAACAAUCACCAGAAAAACCGGUGCGUUCGCCGGAGACAUCUACAUCACCGUCUACUCCUGUGGAACAAACAGAGGAUCCUAUGUCUAAAAGUUCCCCAGCGCAUCAGCGAGACUUGCAUCAACAAAAACAUAGGAGAGCCUCUGAUCUCUCACAGCCAAUGCUGGAUGAGUCGCAGGAUGAGGUGUUUUCCUCAAGCCCAUCAGGGGAUGUAACCACGAACAGCAGCCCUAUGCGAGUGGAGGAAGGUAUCGAGUCCUCUGAUGAGUCAGACACAGAUGGGGAUACUGCCAUGAGUAUGGACGAUGCCACUGCUCACACAAUGAACUCUCAGGAUUCGGGGUCGAGCACUCAUUUUAGCUUGGAAGAACGCCUACGGCAGGCAGCAACACAGGCUGGAACUCCUGGAAUUGAGUACGAUGAGCAUGAGGAGGAAGAUCUGUCCAUGGAGAUUGCUACUGGAACCGUUACACAUGCUUUCCAGCCAUAUACGCGAAAGCAAUCCGCGAAUUCCGAAAACAGUGCUGUCUACGAUCAGGAGAACAUUAAUCCUCUCAUGGCGGCUCAUCAAACUCAUAUGCUACGAGAAAACGAGAGUACAGAAAUGGAAGAUGAGUCACAAGUCCAGUCAGAAGACAUGAGUAUGGACGUCACCAGAGCUGUUGGUGGUAUAAUUUCCCGACAAUCUCCAGGCAAAAAGAGCCACAGAUCGCCCAAAAAUCGUGGAAGAAGAAGCAGCAUUCAUCCUCGCCGGUCUUCUGAAGGAGAGUCUGCCUACGAUGAGACUAUGGAAUUUACAGUCAUGCAAGGAGGCAUCCUCGGCCAAGAGGAUGAGUCGAGCCCGCAAAAGACUCGGACACUUGCAUCGGACGAGAUGACAAUGGAAUUCACGAAUGUUGUGGGCGGAGUUCUUAGCAAUGCAGGUCGCCGUCAGUCUGUUCUGUCGGAGCAGCCCGAAGGGAAUGACACCAUGGACAUGACGGCAGCGUUUGGGGGGAUACUCGAGCCUAUUGAAGAGCACACCGAGCCACAGACGGAUGUGGACGAAGAGAAGACCGUGGCCAUGGACGUGACGAAGGCAGUGGGCUCCUUACUAAACCAGCAUUCGCCUGCGACGAGUCGAGUGACUAGACAGUCGGUCGGAAAAACUUCUACGCCACCACGAGCACAGCCUUCUGCGCAGACUACUCCGAAGACGACUCCAAAGUCUCAACUUCACUUGGCUUCCGUUGCGUCCGAGACAGGCAGCCCAAGCCUUGUCCUCAAGGCUCAAUUAUCUGGCAGAGCUCAAAGAAGCGUCACCAAAGCAUCUACAACGCCUCAACGGACGCCGCAUUCAAGCAGAUCGGCUAAGUCGCCCAAUCGUCCUCAAGCUGGUACUCCAUCGCAUCAGAUCACUCCACUUCCAUCGCGUGCUCCAAGCCCGAACAAGACGCCUCUCUCAACCAAUGUGACCCAGCGAGGUGCAUCUCCAAAAAAGCUUUUCAAGGCUGAGAUCAAGGCCAGAGCCUCGCCAUCGUCUGCAAAGAGAGAAGCCAAUCUCAAGGCCAACACGCUGUUCUCGCGAGAUGCAGAAACUGGCGAGCAAACGCCAAGCGUCAUCCUACGUGCUACGAAGGCGCACUUGAACGGACGACGAUCAAGUGGCAUCGGCAUUGAUAGAGAUGGGAUCGGUUCGCCUCGUGUUUCUGAGAUCCUCGAUAGAAGAGCUUCGAUCGGCGAAACGUCAGCGGAGUUCAAGUUCGGUAGUACGGGACCAGCAAGAUUGCGCUUCGAAGAUCCUGAGCUGCUGGAACACGAAGUCGAGGUGGAGCGAGCGGACGAACACCGUCGAGAAAGUGGCCGUUUCAUUAUGGAGCAGGAAGCCAAUGGACCCGAAGAAGAAACAGCUACCUUGCAACUGAAGGAAAUGAUUGAGACAAUGUCUCCGAAGAAACCGAAACCCGGCAGGUUGAAGGGUAGAAAGAGUCUUGCUCCUGGUGGCGCUAAAGGCCUGUUGGGAAAACGACCAGCAGAACUGGACAUGGACGACGAAGAGGAGGCCGAGUCAACGCCAAAACGUCUCAAAGCCGUAUCUCGAGAAGGAAGCCCAAUCAAGAAGGUUCACCUUCCCAAGCCACCCAGCAAAGAUGAGACCACUGGCAGACUCAGUGUGAAGCUGCAGAAGUCAUUGCAGGGAAUGGCUGGCACAGGCAAGUCGACACCAACUAUCGAGGUAUUCUCGCCGACGAAGAUCACCGUAUCAGCGAGCCCUCCGGCACCCGGGCGAUUCAAGGAUGUUGAGACGGGUCACGAAGACAGACCUACCUCAUUUGAGGACAAGCUUGACAAUGUCGUCGGCGCCAUCGACAUUACAACGGCUCAGAUGGAACAUGGCUCUGGUCAAGCCGAACAAGAAAAGAUCUCCCUACAAGAAUUUCUCAACAUGACAAACAUCCACUUCAUCGAGCUUUCGACUACCAAGAGAAGGCACACCAUGGCGCAGUCGAUGCCAGGGGUAGAGUCACCAGAAGGUAUACAAAUCCCCAGCAUGCAAAUGAACUUCGUUGCAGCAGUCACGACGUUGCCCCUGCUGGAGUUAUAUCAGCAUGCUACCAGAGAGCUGAAAUCCUACAUCUCAACUGGCCGCAAAAUAAUUCGCUCAAUAGAAGCCGAGACCUUAGCAGAACAACCACCACUUUUCCGCGAGUACCUGGAUGCACGUCCAGAUGUCAAGGUUGUCAUGGAUAACCAAUUCCGCAAUGGGAAGGCAAAUGCUCGUUUGCAAAGCAAAGAGGGAUGGUAUCAAUGGCGUGGACAGUUAGUGGACGGUUUGAAGACAGGUUUGGAAGGUAUCAAGCAAGGUAUGACAGCCGACCUUGAGGUUUUGCACCAACAGCAAGAGCUUCUGGCCACGGUUGUUCCUCGAUUGCUGCAGGAGCAGUCCGAACUCCGUGACCAAACCAACUCGUUGCGACAAAGUCUGGAGGAACUCGAUAGCGCCGACCACGAGAUCUUGGUCUCUUGUCGCGACCAAUUGCGACGUGCUGAUGAAUAUCACCUACAAAGAUCGGCGCAUUUGGAGGAUUUGCAGCAGCAAAUGAGAGAGAAAGACGACGCUCUCGUCUCGGCUGCGGAUUAUAGGGUCGAACUGCAAAGUCAGAUUGCGGAAUCCGAACGAGUACGAGAAGAGAACAGAGUGUUUCCAGUCACGGAUGUGUUGGCUAUCAAAGCCAAGGUUGAAACACUUCAGAACCAGACUGCCUGGUGCCUUUUGACCGCCGAAGAGGAGGUUGAUGAACCAAAUGAGUUCGGUCCUGCUCUUGUCAUAAGAUAUAAGGGCGAACUGCAACUUUUCUUCUACCCUCAAGCCUUCCAGUGCAAGCUCGCCGAUUCGGGCCGGCGUCGGUCUGGGAGAAAGUCUACUUCCGUCUCAGGACCGUCUGCACCUAUCAGUCUGACCUAUGCUCCUGAGCAAGAGGACUUGGAAGCUGGUCCAUCGGAAUUGCCUACAGAGAAGCGCUUCUUCUUGCAAAUGAUCCGAAGCCAGCUCCAUGCUUAUGCAAUGAUGCCGAAGGGAGCAAUCACUGCGAAGACAUUGCUGUCGACAGUGUCAAAGGGCUGGGAUCUGGCAUGCAGAGUGUCGGAAGAAUUGCGACUUCUCAACCUGCUUGGCAUUACCACAGCAUCAAUUCUAGGUGAUGAGAAACUUGGCGUCAAGAUAGUGCUGCUUCUGCCCACACAAGGCCGAGUUGACAUUGAGUUCGCUGUGACAGUGACUAUAUUGAAUGAUGGCGAGGUUGUCGGUUCAUCGAAUGUCACAGCUACUGCCGUGUAUGGGCUUGCGAUGGAGCUGCUUGCUGGGAAGAACAGGAAGGUGCAGAAUGCCUUAGGAAAAGAGGUCGAAACUCGGACUCUGGGCGAAGGCGCUUGGGUAAAUGCUAUUCAUGGCUUCAAGGCCUGGAUCAGCAGUCAGGAGAAAACAAAAGAGGACAAGAAGAAGCAACCGUCGACAACUGAGGAGGUCGUCCCGACUCCUGUUGUUGCAGCUCCCGAACCCGCGGCAGCACCUAUCAUCGCCGCGCCUGCUCCAGUGGCUCCCAAGCGCUCACCUCUUGCACCAAAGCGAACGAACCUCGUACAGAAAAAAGCGCUGCCCGUCCCUAAGCAGCGACUCGAGAAGUUCAGUCUGUCCCAGCAGUCUCAGCAUGGCCUCGACAAGGAGAACUUCAACCCUUCGCUUUCGGUGUCGAGUAAAGGAGGGCAAGCCGUGCCUGAUGAUGACAAUGACCGGGAGAAGGAGUUUUCACGGCCAGCUAUCCCGCCAGAUAUGCAGGAGGUCAUGAUGCACACGCCUAUCAAGCGUGUGGGAGCUUUGCGGCGCAGUCCAAUCUGAGACCACGAUUUAUGAACGUUUGGAUGAAUGGGGGCAGACCGGGAAGUCGAGAUUGUUUUUGGCGAUACCAUAGCAUACCCGGUGGUGUUUGUUGUUGGAUUUAAGGUAGUUUGAUUUCCGCAGCGGACAAGGCAGACUUGUAAGAUGAUAGCCUGCUUGUUACAAUACAUGCAAUCACGACCC